ACACUCCCGAGCCUGGCAUCACACAGCGAACCUUACGAAAAGCUCACAUUUCCCAGCUUUUCUCACCCAGAAUUACUUCCUUUGUUUAGCGGAGGGGUGGAGGAGGAGACUGAGGGCGAGGCGGGAGGGGCCCGCGGUGCCGCCCCCGCCCCUCCGGUGUGCGGAGCCCGUUGUCACUCAGCUCUGGCGCCUGGGGCGUCCGAGGCGAGGCCCGCCAGCUGCAUCCCCCGGACCGGGCAGCCCGGCCCCGGGUUCUCCCGCCAUCCCCGAACUGGCGGCUGCCGAAGGCGUCGGGCUGGGAGGGCGCUUGAUCGGAACGCUCAGGUGGCCGGGAGCUCUGCCAGUUCUGGUGACCUUGGGUGCCCGCCGGCUGAUGCGCCCGUGCGCGCCAACAUGCCGCAGUCCAUCUCAGCCUUCCAGGCCGCCUACAUUAGCAUCGAGCUGCUCAUCGCGCUGGUCUCGGUGCCCGGGAACGUGCUGGUGAUCUGGGCAGUGAAGGUGAACCAGGCGCUUCGGGACGCCACCUUCUGCUUCAUCGUGUCGCUGGCCGUGGCUGAUGUGGCCGUGGGCGCCCUGGUCAUCCCGCUCGCCAUCCUCAUCAACGUGGGGCCUCAGACCUACUUCCACACCUGCCUCAUGGUGGCCUGCCCCGUCCUCAUCCUCACCCAGAGCUCCAUCCUGGCCCUGCUGGCCAUCGCAGUGGACCGCUACCUCCGCGUCAAGACCCCACUCCGGACCCCAGCCUGUACGAGGGGCCAGCUCUGGCCGAAAUCUCAGGUCCGGUCAGCCCAAGACAGCACCGCCCAGCGCCGGCUGGCGCAGGGCUGGGCCUCACCUCUGCCCUCCUCUCCCCAGGUACAAGGCGGUGGUGACGCCGCGCAGGGCUGCGGUGGCCAUCGCCGGCUGCUGGACCCUGUCCUUCCUGGUGGGCCUGACACCCAUGUUUGGCUGGAACAACCUGAGCGAGGUGCGCCGGGCGUGGGCGGCCAACGGCAGCGUGGGCGAGCCCGUGAUCAAGUGCGAGUUCGAGAAGGUCAUCAGCAUGGAGUACAUGGUGUACUUCAACUUCUUCGUGUGGGUGCUGCCCCCGCUGCUGCUCAUGGUGCUGAUAUACCUGGAGGUCUUCCACCUCAUCCGCAAGCAGCUCGCCAAGAAGGUGUCGGCCUCGGCGGGCGACCCGCAGAAGUACUACGGCAAGGAGCUGCGGAUCGCCAAGUCGCUGGCCCUGGUCCUCGUCCUCUUCGCGCUCAGCUGGCUGCCCCUGCACGUCCUCAACUGCAUCACCCUCUUCUGCCCGUCGUGCCGCAAGCCCAGCGUCCUCGUCUACAUCGCCAUCUUCCUCACGCACGGCAACUCGGCCAUGAACCCCAUUGUCUACGCCUUCCGCAUCCAGAAGUUCCGCGUCACCUUCCUUAAGAUUUGGAACGACCACUUCCGCUGCCAGCCGGCCCCGCCCACUGGCGAGGACGCCCCGGAGGACAGGCCCGCUGACUAG